UAACUUUGCUACACUACCACGGUCGUCCCAUGUGAGUAGCACUUGACAGAGGUUUUUUUUCAAAAAAUUUUUUUUUUAACCCACACCAUCAGUUGCCUUCUAUUUUUCAUUUUCUUUUCCGCCAUAAAUCUUAACCAAACAUGUGCUUGAGAUGUGAGGGGUUGGUUGCUUUUUGUUGUCUUUCUGCGAGAGCAGGAUAGCAAUGGGGCAAGACUUUUUCUGCCUGUGACAUCAUUCCCACUCCCUUCCUUCUCUACCUCAGUAAUCUUCUCAUUCUGUUCCAUCUCUCGUCUCUUUUGUUCUUCUGGGUGAUCCACUAUUACAGGAGAGAAAUGCUGAGAUUCUUCUUCUCGGUAAGUGCAUUUUUUAACCCCCCCCCUAUUUUUGGUAUCUGAGUUCAAUUGUUAAAAUGAUGCAGGUUGAAAUGCGUCUUUAAUCUUUAUAUGUACUGCUCCAGAUUAGUGUUGCAUGUUUCAUAAUUUUUUCUGAUUUCCAGUGAUAUGCUUUGAUUCUGCCCUAAAGCCCUCUCGUGUUCUUGAUUUUGCUGUAUCAUCAUAUGCUUUUUGCCUUGAUCAACUACUUUGGCUUUUUUACUUUUUGAUUGUUUACUUCAUGGGGUGAUCCUUAGGAGUACUAAUGAUUUUCGGGGAAUUAUUGCAGGGACAGAAUAUUAUUUGGAGUGUAUAUAUGAACAGCUAAUGGUUGGAGCACUAUUGUCAGGUUAUAUAUUUGUUUGAUAACUUUUUUGGGUUUGAGUUUCACUUUUUUUAAUGCAAUUGGCUCUUCAAAUUCAGCAUGCUAUGCCUUAGUUUACUAGGAUUCUGAUGAUACCCUCUUCUCUUUUCUUAUUUCUUGAUUUUCUUUCUUAUGAGUGGAUUUAAGAUUUUAUUGGUUUGAUUAUCUGAAAACUUCAAGACAAUGGACCAUACAAACCAAUACAAUGUGAAUGUCGAGUGCUUAAAGGAAAAUGAAAAUUUUAAACACCAUCUUAUAUUUUCCCCCUUUACCGUGCUAUAGGGAACAAGAAGCGAACCAAAUAACUAAGUAGAGGUUCCUUCUUGUGAUGAAAUGGUCAAGAUAUGAUGUUUUCCAAUGUAAUAACUAGCAAAUGUAAGUUGUUUAUUUCAUUACCUUGAGGUUCAUUCAGAACAUUUGGAAUAAUCAUAAACUAUUUGCGAUGAUUGGUCUUGAAAUGAUUAACAACCUAUAUGUCUUCGUUGUGAAAAACCUUGAAUCUCCUAAGCUGCCAUUCGUAAGUAACUUGUAGAAGUUGCUGUUCUUGGCAGUGUCGAGAUUAAGUGAACUUUUAUUACUAAUGUUUGAUUUCAUUAGCACUUUGACUUGGUCUUAUUCUUCAGUUUUCUUAUGAAAAAGAAGAAAAGGUAAUUGUGACUGGAUUUCAUGAAUAUGUUUGGAUUGGAUAAUGCUUCGUGGGAUGGUGUGUGUUAUAUGGCAGGAUGAAUUAGGUAAAUGAAGAUCCAAUAGCAAAAGCCAUAAAAUCUGCGAUGAAGGUUACAUGUUUCCCUUGUUUGGACUGGAUAAUGAUUCAUGAACCAGAUCGUCGAAUGGAAGAAAUCUUGAAGACAACGGCCACAGAAAGAGACAGGAAGCACCAUGAUUAUGCCUUUGAUCCAGAUUAUCAUUCAGACGAGAUGAGGAAAAUACAGAUGAAAAGUUCUUCAACAAAGAAUAUUAGAAAGGUAAGAUGUUUGACUUUGAGAUCAAGGUGUAUGUCUAACGUGAAGAGCAAGUUAACUUCCUGUAACGUUUACUUAAAUCUACAAUAUUUCGGUUAAACUACUCAUGAACACACUCUGGGAAUUCCCUACCGAAAUUCAAAUGAUAAUUACGUAUGUUUCCCA